GAUGGAUGGAUGGAUGGAUAUUAUUUUGGGGCGGAUUAUGGAACGGGGCCUAGUUGGUCACGUGCUUCGUAGUGCGUCAGACUGGCACGUCCUGCACAACGCCCGGUCAGUUUGUCGUAGCCUUGCAGGACAGGUAUCGUUGUAUACAGCUGGUCGCUUUUGUGAAUUUUAUCGUCUGGCCUUUGCACAACGAUAUAAUGGAAGGCAGAAGCUACAGUUCUGGCUACUCCAGUUGGGGGAGUGGAGGCUCAGGGAAUAGAGGUUCUGGUGGUUAUGAUAUGUACGGGGGGGGCUUCAAGGACUCGAUGUCUGGACUUGGAGGCUAUGGAGGAGCAAUUGGUGGGCAAAUGAACCGAGGGCUCUCAGGAGAUUCACUGCUCACUUCAUCUACCGGCACACAUGCAGAUGCAGUCAUUGCUAAGAUUAACCAGCGACUGGACAUGCUCACUCAGAUGGAAGGGGGGUUUAAGGGGCCACGGGAUGACAGGUUUGACCAGUACGAGUCAUUCGACUCGCACUCCUCCGGUCUCUCCUCCUCCCGAGAUCUCUACAGAUCUGGCAGCAGUAGCUAUGGUUUUGGGGAUGGCCAUGGGGACAGCAUGCUGAUGAGUCAGCGAGGAGGUUCGAGCUACGGAGGGGGAAUGGGGCUGGGGGACGGAGGAGGCUUUGACAGCCCCUCCUCUUCCUAUGGAGUCGCAAAAAUGCGACCGAGUAUGAGGGAACCCUUCGCCAGUGCCCCGGGAGGAGGUUCUGGAGGCGGAGGAUGGGCUGGAGCUGGCCGACGUUCCCCCAGAAGGGGUGGAAGUGCUGGGGGUCGAGGAGCUGGAGGAGGGUUUGGAAGCCACAGGUCUGACCCCACUCCAAUGGGUGGAGGUUUGCGGGGAAGUGGUAGCGGAGGCAUGUCCCACCGUGGCCACUCUCCAGGAGGUGGUAGAGGCAAGCUCCCUUCCCUCCUGUCCAACCGCAUGUACCCUGAGAGCGGAGGUUUCCAGGGUUCUGCUCCAGGGCCUUACGACUUUCCUGGGAGGCAUUUUGGAGGGGGCCCACGGGCUGGCCGCCAGCGAGGCCGCAAGAGACCCCUCAACAAACCGAUGAGGCCAGAAAGGGAGUUUCAGAAGAGAAAGCAGAGUCUGUCGGAAGCUGAUGAGCCCGAGUCUAAGAUCCACAGGACAGAGUGUGAAGAGUCUGAUGCUUUCCAAGCAGAAGAUCCAGAGAAAAAUGGUGCCGACAUUAAACAAGAGGACGUUUCUGUGGAUGUAACGCCUGCUGAAGAUGGAGAUAACACUACACCCAAACAGGAUGAGAAGAAAAAGCCUCUGGGCAGACAGAUCCCUGGCCAAGGUCAAGAGAAGCACCCAAAAAUGCGGAAGAGAAGGGGCUUCCUGGAAAGGGUGAUGUUUGCCUGCUCUGUGUGCAAGUUUCGUUCAUUCUACAAGGAGGAAAUGGAAACUCAUCUUGAAAGUCGCUUCCACAAGGACCACUUUAAGUUCCUCUCCAGCCAGUUGUCCAAACCCACCACAGAUUUCUUACAGGAGUAUUUGAAAAAUAAGUUCAAGAAGACAGACGAGAGGGUCAGUCAGUUGGAAAACCACAGCGCGGCCAUCUGUCAGAUGUACAGGGAGCAGGAUCUCACCAGAGAACUGGGUAUGGAGCAUUUCAUGAGGAAGGUGGAAGCAGCUCACUGCGCAGCGUGUGACCUUUUCAUUCCCAUGCAGCCCCACUUGAUUCAGAAACACAUCAAGUCUCCUGACCACAACUACAACCGAAAGGGGAUGAUGGAGCAGUCCAAGCGGGGAAGUCUGUCUGUCGCCCGUAGCAUCCUCAAUCACAAACUCAUCGGGAAGAAGCUGGAAAGCUACCUCAAGGGUGAAAACCCAUUUGUCGGUAACCAGGAUGAACAGGAACCACAGGACUCUUUGGCAAUGGAUGCGUCUGAGUUGGAGUUGCCCGGUGAGAAGGCGGACAGCCAGACAGAAGUGGCCCCCGCCAACGAUGAGGCGGCUCCCGAUGCAGAGGCGGGCAAAGAGGCCACCGAGGAGGAAACGACAGCAACGCCAGUAGAAGCAGCACCAGAGCUGGAGCUGAAGACGGAGGAAGAGCUGCACCAACAGGAGAAUCAAGAAGAGGAAGGUUUUGAAGUGGGAGAGGACGAAGAGGACGAGGGAUACGUAGUGCACGAGGAGUUUGGUGAUGAGGGAUUACAGGCCGGUGAGGCAGAGGAAGCAGGAGCUGACAACGUGGCGGAAGGCGAGCAGAACGAAUGACUUUUUUACUGCGUGUAACAUCUUGACCUGAAUAUUUCUCUGGAUCAGUUGGUGACCCUCUUGUCCGUUGAAUCCAAUGUGAUUGUUAAUAGUAUUAAGAAGUAUACUUCUAUUGUUUUUCACAGUCCCAGUCCAAGCUCAUGUCUUUUGAUGCUCUUUGCUAAAGGAAUAGUUUCAUUUUUUUGGAUACCGUCAUUCACUUGAUUAAAAUAAAAAGAAUUUUAAAGUUACGUGAAGUAACUCUUGUCUUGCAUGAUUGCUUUGCCUGUCACCUUAAAAGAUGUUUGUUGACUUCAUUUUGAGUUUGGAACAUAGCUGGGCGAGAGGUCGAGCCUCAUCCAGUUCUCAUUUCUGAGGAUUACCAACCUGACACAUCUCCAUUUUUAUGGAGAGAAGGGUCGGAUUAAUCUUUUCACCUAAAACUUGGGAAGACGGCAGCACUAUGUAUUGAUGAAAAUGUCAAAAUUAUUAUUUUUUGUGCCUUUUGUGAAAUGUUUAAGUUCUUUAGAGUUGUUUAAGAAAUCAAGUAUUGUGAUGUUCAGACAAGCUGGGUUCACUCAACGGCAUACAAUUAGUUUACUGAGUGUACUAAUGAAUGGUUUUCCAAACCAAGUCGGCUUUUUAACCCUUGUGUGCCCUCCUAGGGUCAUUUAUUCCCCUUUUUGAUUGAAUCUGGAAUAUGAAUUACCCUAAGAGGGUGCACAACUAGAAGUUAAGGUGACUGAAAUAGCGGAAUAUUCUGAUCACUGUUAGAAUACACAUCAGUCAUGUAACAGUUUGGUUUAACUGAGAAAUAAAGCUGUUAAAUAAGUCA